GCGGAUGGUGGAGGAGUGAGCGUGGCGUGUUGAGCCCGUGAGCGGUUGGCGUUUUGCCAUUUUUUCGGUAUUUAAUGCAACUUUUAAACGUGUAAACGUCUCGGAUUCAUAACGUUUGUUGUGUGAGGGAGUAACUCUUUGUAUGUGUAGCAUUCUGUGUAAACAUCUCGGAUGUUCCAUCUCGUGGAAAAAAUCCGCGAAAAAACCCCCAGCACUUUUUCUAUGCUCCACCCACAAAGGGCCGUCUCCGACUCCACACAGCGCUUCGACCGGUGUAACACACACACACACACACACACACACCGUGUUACACACACCGUGCCAGCAAGUCAAACUCUCACAUAGCCGCUCACUCGGGCCGCCAUCCACCGCAACACACACACACACACACACACACACACACACACACACACACACACACACACACACACACACCGUGUUACACACACCGUGCCAGCAAGUCAAACUCUCACAUAGCCGCUCACUCGGGCCGCCAUCCACCGCAACACACACACACCACACACACACACACACACACACACACACACACACACACACACACACACACACCGUGUUACACACACCGUGCCAGCAAGUCAAACUCUCACAUAGCCGCUCACUCGGGCCGCCAUCCACCGCAACACACACACACCACACACACACACACACACACACACACACACACACACACACACACACACACAGGAGUGACUCAUGCAGAGCUGGAGAAUCAGGUUUACUCGGUUUAGUUAAGCUCAUUUAUCUGUGCGCUUCCUCAUACUGUAACAAAGACAUUGGAGAAAAACAAAACAUAGAUACAAAGCCUGCUAUUAAAAACAGCUUAAUAUUUCAUAAUAAAUAAUAUCGAAUUCUGAUAUUUAAAAAACUUUAUUAAUAGCCACAUUAAAUAAAUUAUAAACACAUUUUAAUGUAAGGGACUUUAUUAAGAAGAAUAAAUAUUUGUCUAGAACUCUGACACGGUUAUCCUUCGCCUUUCGACGCCGGGGUUGGACAAAUCGUUGUUCCACGGCAGCAUCGGGCCUUUAUGUUCAUGACUCAGUUUUCCACUGUUUUAUUUUAUUUAAUUUUAUUAUGUUAGUGUCACAUAACGAACUCAGACAUUAGACAAUAUACACAGGCAUAUUUCCCAUGAAAUAUGUGCAAUAUUUGUACACAAUAUUUCACCAAAAACAUGUACAAAAAGACAAUGAAAAAAAUCUAUAAUAAAUAACAAUAUAAUUAUAUUAAUACGGCUGUUUAUGAUUUUUCUCACAUGCGACAGGAUAGCUUACUUAAUGUAACGAAUAAUAGGAAAAAAUGGAAUAUAAAUAAUUUAACGGAAUAAAAUCAUCUGCUAAUUCCGACAGGCUUCGGCCCAUUUUCCAACCACGGUACUAUCUUUCCAAAUGGCGAUGUCGAAAAAUUCGGAAACCAUCAAAAAGAGAGAAAAUCAGUCGCCUUUCGACGGCGGUGUGGAACUAUUCGCUGUCCGACGUCGACGUUUUCCAGCAGCAGUGAAGGACUGUCCGCUUCUGAACGAUGGCAUUAAAUGUGCGCUUUCCAAAUGGCGGUGCUGAAGUAUUGCCUUUCUGACGUUGGUGUUCUCCCUCGGGUACAUACAGCGUUAUGACCAGAGGCAGAAACCCCGCCUCUGUACUGUUUGAGAAGAGGUGGAAACGGUGCGCCUGAACGCGACCCAUAUCUUAUUCAUGGUUGUAAAACUUACCUGCGUUCAACCGAAUACCUAAACAGUCAGGAAUUUAGAGUGCUAUUGGCCCUUCAAGGUCGGUGUCGGAUUAUUGUCUUUCUAACAUUAGAUUCGGUUGAGAAAGAUGCCUUGCGAACCAGGAGCGACGUCUGAAUAGUUGGAGGAUUGGUAACUCCGACUCUUCUGCUCUAGCCAGAUGAACGCGUUGGAAGAGACGUAGAGACGGUGCGCAUAUACACUCGCAUCGUCCCAACCCCUCUGUGAGAAACGUCCAUGUAUUUCUCCACCUGUUCACAAGUCAGUCGCUGCUCACAUUUCCGUGGCGCACACACUGGAAAGUGUCAUCUUACAACCGCCGAUCAAACAUGAGUGGCCGUUCAGGCGCACCGUUCCACCUCUUCUCAAACAGAAGUAGAGUCGGGUUUCUGCCUCUAGUCUCUCACUGUACGCUUCCGUGUUUCCGUGCAGUACAGACUGUAGGGCUGUGUGGUGUAUCCGACUUGCCGGUGGAGAGAAAAACUUUUUCAUACGGGCUUUCUAGUAUACAAAGAAGCGACGACUGCUUUUGUGGGAAACCUGCUCAUUUUGAUGGCUUACGUGUUUUGACGGUCAUUAUGAUCUGAUGAAGGAUGUUUUUCUACGUCUUUGUAUUAUGGACAGAAUUAAGGUUACAAGCAACGUCUCGAGAUUUCCUCAAACGCCUUCAUCUUGUAACAGCAGAAAAGUCGAAGUUGACGUUAAUUCCACACCUCAUCACACGUCGCUCGUGGCCGGGAGGAUAUGUCGCUCGUGGACAGACAAAUAUGUUGCUCGCGGACCGACAGAUAUGUCGCUCGCGGACGGACGGAUUUGUCGCUCGCGGACGGACGGAUAUGGACAAUAGGUCGCGGACCUAUCUAUUACCUUUACAAUUAUGUAAAUGUUUUUGCAUAUAUGGAUGUUUUAGUUGUAGUUGAUAAGGCCGACUUAUUUUUAUGCGGCAAAAAUUUGCCGCGUUAAAUCUCAAUCGAAACCCGACUAAACGGCUUAUAUAAUCUCCUGCGGCUCUUCUCCGCUACUGAGCUCUCUGCUGGAUGACUGCUGAACACCGACCGUCAGAAAUCAGCUGUUAAGACUUCUACUCCACCAUGGGUUCAACAAACUCCACUGAGAUGAUCAAAAUUCUGAUACAAGCACGGGCAGCGACCCAACAAAAGCUCCAGAGCAACAUGCAGCAACCAGAAUCCAUCUUGCAGUGGUCGGAGCAACAUCGCCAGAGGUUUCGCUCCUUGACCCUCCGUGAGGUCGGCGACCAAUUUGCAUUUGUGCAACAGCUCCAAGACCUCUGUCAGAAAUGGCUGCUGGCUGAGGAUUGUGACCCGGCUAGGAUUGUGCAGCGGGUGGUAAUGGAACAGUUUAUCAACCAGCUUCCAGAAGAGACCGCCCACUGGGUUCAGAACCACCAACCAGCAACGCUAAACGAGGCCAUCCAUUUGGCGAAGAUCCACCUGACAGCUUUCAUUCUCUCUACCUCCUUACCUGAGUACGACUCCACCAUGAACUCCACUGAGAUGAUCACCAUUCCACAUGUUGAACAAUGGCAAAGGCAGUAUCUGGAGGCCCUGAUAAAAGGUCAGGCAGAGAUCCAAUGGAUGCUCCAGAGCUUCAUGCAUCAAUUGGAAUGUAAAGAUUCUAAGACUGCUGUUUCACAGCAGUCAGAGCAAUAUCGCCUGAGGUUUCGCUCCGUGACCGUCGGUGAGAUUGGCGACCUAUUUGUAUUUGCACAACAGCUCCAAGACCUCGGUCAGAAGUGGUUGCUGGCUGAGGAUUGUGACCCUGCUAGGAUUGUGCAGCGGGUGGUAUUCGAACAGUUUAUCAACCGGCUUCCAGAAGAGACCGCCCACUGGGUUCAGCACCACCAACCAGCAACACUAAACGAGGCCAUUCAAUUAUCGAAAAACCACCCUUUGUCGCUCACGACAACGAUUAAAAGAUCGAAUUUUAUCUAAUUUAUUUAGCUUGAAUUAAUUUGAAAUAAAGUCUGCCUCCCACCUGAUGAGUUUAUAAAAGCUGGACCGGUAUACUGCUCCGCAAUCACGAGCCUGUAAAUAGCGAGUAUCGUCCUAAGGCGGUUUUGAAAUGAGUCGUAAGACGAUUGACAGAAUUGUCGCAUUAUGACAGAUAAUUUUCGACAUAGUAGGCCAACUACAAAUAAUACGUUUCCGUGGAGGAAUGUAUCCGCGAGAAGUAUCCGCAAGAAAUAUCCGCGAGAAGUAUCCGCGAGCAGAUAGGAUUAUUGUGUGUAUGUCAAGACAACAUUAGGAUUAUGAAAAGAAGAUAUGUUAUUUGUAUUGUGCAAUUUGUCACUGCGCGCUGUCUGGACUGCAGCACUUCUGCCGAUUUUAGGUCGGUAAAGUAGGCUGUAUAAGUUAUAAGGCCAUAUAAGGUAUACUCCGCCUCUCCGCCUCCCAACCUAGAGUAUGUAAAGCGACGACUGCCUGCCUGUAGAGUUUGUUGUGGGCUGCGCUUAUCUGACUGACAUGUACGUUCAUAAACCGCUGUGCGACGACAAAAGUGCCCACCAUCGGAAGACAAGCGGACCGACUUUCUUCUCAACAAAAGCAGGGACCCAACACUCAGUGCGUCCUUUCUUUCGUCUGUGUGUCUCUGUGUUAAUAAUUUUGUACUUACAUAGACAUAUGUUUUGUUUAUUAUUUAUAAUAUUGGAAUAAUGAUUUGGUUAAUUAUUUGUAUACAAUAAUCAAUAAAUUGAUUUGAAACUGA